GACUGAAAUAAUAAUAAUAGAACAGCUUUUAAAUAUUUUAGAUAUCUAAUAAUAAAUAUAAAUUCAUUUAAUAUUUGAAUUUAUGGUCACCAAAAAAUAUCUGCGCUUCUUAAGCGCGGAUCAAAAUCUAGUUGAUAAUUAAAUUAGUAGUGAAAAGAUAAAAACAGUGCAAAUCAAUCAGAUAACCUACCAAUCAUCCUUAUAUUUAGUGUUAUUUAUUACUUUUUGGGUCAAUAUGCCACUUGGCUUUUUUUUUUGGAACAUGCCACUUGGCUUGCUUUACUAAAUUAAUACAGAUAAUAUUCAACUAAUAUAACUUUUUUUUAUACAUGUCAUAUGCCACCUUUUAUAUGCUUCCUUAUUUAGGUCAGAAGUUCACAAUAAUAUAAAUAAGCAAACUAGGCUAAACAUUUUCAAUUCCAUCACAUACAAAGAUGAUUAAGAUGAUGAAGCUCUUUGCGCUAACAAUGGUAGUUACACUGCUUCUUGCAUCUGGUCUAGCCCAAGGUAGGACCGAGCCUAUUCAAACCGACUCUAAUCCAAUCCAUAGACCACCCACCUUCCCAACCGAGCCAUUUCCUCCUCCAAAACCAAACCAGGAUGAAAAGAUAUCAGUGGAGCAGUUCCCAAUCCCAAUUCCAAAAAUUUGUCCUCCGGGCUUCCCUGGAUGCCCACCAGCAAAUUCUUAAAAAUUAUUAUACAAAAUACAUGAAAACAUAAACACAUGUUUUGUAUUAAUAUUAUGCUUUUCUAUCAUAAAUUUAUAUUAUAAUAAAUUAUAUGUUUUCUUCCAUUUUCCUUUAAUUUUAAGCGUUCAGAUUUUAGUAUGACCAUCAAUUAGAACAUUCUUGUAUACACAAACACAGUAAAACUGACAUAACACCCCUUCAAAUAAACCUUAUACUUACGAAGAUUUAUACAUUCACCCCAGAUAAAUACUUUUGUUCAAUAACACCCCCUACCCCGAUUUAAACUCAGUUUCCAGAGUGAGCUUUUACUCUAAAGAUGAAGAAAAGCUGAAAUAAGAAAUGACGAUUUCUACAUUACUCUCAAUCUCUGCUUUCACUCUAUCUCCCUCAUCCACAAAAACACAUCUCCUGACUGCAAUACCCACUAGGCCUUUCUCAUCUCCCAUCUCUCCAGGAGGAUUGAAUCAGAACAGUAUCCUACAGAGUCAAAGCUACAGUCUUUACUACCCAUCACGCCGUGAAUUCACCACCCGUUGCUCUUCUCCAGAUGGAUUUCUCCGAGAAGAAGAAGAAGAAAACGAAAUCAUCCAGCUUCCUCCGUCUAUCGGCGCAAACCCGUUAAAACUCGCGAUAUGCGUUGUGUUCUGGACCGCUUUCUCUUUGCUCUGGUUCGCUAGGUCCGGCGAUGCCAAAGCCGCCGCUGACUCCAUCAAAUCAUCCACCUUUGGUCUCAGAAUCGCCGCCGCUCUCCGCCGGUUUGGUUGGCCUGACGAAGCUGCGGUCUUUGCUUUAGCCACGCUUCCGGUUAUCGAGCUCCGUGGUGCUAUACCAGUUGGUUAUUGGAUGCAGCUUAAACCAACGGUUCUCACUUUCUUCUCUGUUCUUGGCAAUAUGGUUCCGGUUCCAUUUAUCAUACUCUACCUCAAAAAGUUAGCCUCUUUCUUGGCGGGUAAGAGCAGAACAGCUUCUAAGUUACUUGAAAUCUUGUUCAAAAGAGCUAAAGAGAAGGCUGGACCUGUGGAAGAGUUCCAGUGGUUAGGACUAAUGCUCUUUGUAGCCGUUCCGUUCCCUGGAACUGGUGCUUGGACAGGAGCUAUCAUAGCAUCGAUCCUAGACAUGCCCUUCUGGUCUGCUGUUUCCUCUAAUUUCUGCGGGGUUGUGUUAGCGGGGCUGCUUGUGAACUUGCUGGUGAAUCUUGGUUUGAGAGAAGCUAUUGUGGCUGGUGUUGCUCUCUUCUUUGUGUCUACGUUUAUGUGGAGUGUUAUGAGGAAGAUUAGGAAGUCUAUAAGACCAACUUUGCCUUGAAUUGGUUUUUGAUGAUGAGCAAGAACAGAGUUCUUCACAUAUUGUUACUUGUUUCUUCUCACUGUUAGUAAUGUUCAAGUGAUUUUUGGUAGCUUUAUCCCUUACUGAUA